CGAGUGUAGAACUCCUGCCCGAGCGUGGGGCCCCCGGACGGGGAUGCAGCCUGAGAGUGGGCUGCAGCGGCGCCACGCCGCGGGCGCGCGUUUCUGACGGGCCGCUCGCUGUGGAGGCUGUGGAGUCCGCGGACUGGGUGUGUCCACCACGUGUUCGCCGAGUGCUGGCCGCUGCUGCACGUUCGUCAUGGAGCGCCUUGGGUGACCUCACAGCAGCCCUCUGAGACCCAGUUCCAACACUCCAGCCCUCCUGUGCCUCCCUUUUGUGCUGCUGCUUGAUGGCCAUCCCCAAGAGUCCUCUGAGCCCAGUGCCCUGGGAACAGGAAGGCUUCCUGCGUGUGAAGGUGGAGGAUGAGGAGGCCACCCUCUCUGAGAUGCAGGAAUCUAGCUCUGGCCACACCGCCCACCCUGAGGCUGCUCGUCUUCGCUUCCGGCGCUUCUGCUAUGAGGAGGCAUCCAACCCACAUGAGGCCCUGGCCCGGCUGCGUGAGCUGUGCCACCAGUGGCUGCAGCCCGAGGCGCACUCCAAGGAGCAGAUGCUGGAGCUGCUGGUGCUGGAGCAGUUCCUGGGGGCGCUGCCCCCCAAGAUGCAGUCCUGGGUGGGUGCCCAGUUCCCCAAGAGUGGUGAGGAGGCUGCCAUGCUGGUGGAAGGUCUGACUCGGGCACUCGACAAGAGAGGAUGGGACCCGAAAGCCAAGCUCUCAGAGGCAAACUGCAAGCAGAGUGAUUUGGAAGAGUCAGAGCCAUUAGACAGGGCCACUGAAACCCUUAUGGGAGGUAUUUCCCUGGGACCCACCUUUGGUGAUGCUUGUGAACCUGAGGGCAGCUCAAAGAGGCAGGCAGGACUCUCGGGGGAAACCUGGACGAAGUCUGUCCCCCAAGAGAUGGAUUUGAGGGAAACUUCAGAGCCUCACAAGGAUGUUCCCAUUGACCAGCCCAGCUGUGAAUCUGGUGCCUUGGGGAAUAGUCCCAAUGUGUGGCCAAAUUUCACCUCAAAAGAGAAGACACCAGAAGAGAAAUUUGAUGCAAUAGAUGGUGAUAGGACAGAGCCUCCAUGCAUAUUCUCAGGGAGGAGGUCUUCCAAGUGUGGUGAAUGUGGAAAAACAUUCCAGAGCCCCUCAGCCCUCGAGACACAUCAGAAGAGCCAUUCUCGGAAGACACCCUACACCUGUAGUGACUGUGGGAAAGCUUUCAGCCGGAGCACUCACUUGGCCCAGCAUCAGGUCAUCCACACCGGGGCAAAGCCCCAUGAGUGUAAAGAGUGUGGGAAGGCCUUCAGCCGGGUCACCCACCUAACUCAGCACCAGAGGAUCCACACUGGAGAAAAACCCUACAAGUGUGGGGAAUGUGGCAAAACCUUCAGCCGCAGUACCCAUCUCACUCAGCACCAGCGGGUGCACACAGGGGAGAGGCCCUAUGAGUGUGAAGAGUGUGGGAAGUCCUUCAGCCAGAGCACCCAUCUGACUCAGCACCAGCGCAUCCACACUGGGGAGAAGCCCUACAAGUGUGACGCUUGUGGGAGAGCCUUUAGUGACUGCUCAGCUCUGAUCCGCCACCUGAGAAUCCACUCCGGAGAGAAGCCAUAUCAGUGUAAGGUUUGUCCGAAGGCCUUUGCACAGAGCUCCUCCCUCAUUGAGCACCAGAGGAUCCACACGGGAGAGAAGCCAUACAAGUGCAGUGACUGUGGGAAGGCCUUUAGCCGCAGCUCAGCCCUCAUGGUUCACCUGAGAAUCCACAUCACAGUCCUUCAAUAACCAAAGAAAGCCCUUGGGACACAGAACAACUUCCCCUCGGAGGAUCAACAUCUAAAAGAAACCCUAAGUUCCAAAGGAACAGAGAACAGGGUGGGUGAUUGAUAGUACCCUAAAAUGAUAAGGUGCUUCUGGGCAGAUUCUGGGGCUGUCUGGGAACAACUCUGCAUUUGGAGAUCCAGAUGGAGGCACCUGAUGAACACAGAGCUAUUCAGGCCAGCAGGAGAAUCUUCCAGAAGGAUUCUGCUCUCCAUACCCCACUCAGGCCCAUCUCAGAAAGGACAGCUGAGCUGAGGACCUGGAUUGGUCUUCAGAGCCAUGACAAUUGGAGUAAAGUUUCUGUCGGGACUCAGUGGUCCCAAGAUGCUCUGGGCAGAAAGGCUCUAGCUUCAUGUUCCCAUGUAGCUGCUCUUACCUUUUCUUACUUCUUAACUUACCUGGUAAGCUGAACUUACCUCUUAGCUUUUCCUCUCCGGCUCAGCCCAGGAGGGAUGCCAGCCCACCUCUGUGCCUUCACACCUACUCUUUUGCUCCACCUGUUCAUGUCUAACUCCAAGGCCAACCUGUGGGGCUGCCUUUUCUGUGAGGCCUUCUCCAGGCCCCCAGUCUCUCUCACAUUCUCCCUAAUCAAGGGUGUGACAUGAUGCUUGCGCAGCAUCUGUUUCUCUUUGCCCUUUUCUUCUAUGUUCCAUCAGUCAUCAGCCCUGUUGGCUUUACCAAAAACUCACCUCUAAUCCGCCUUCACCAUUGUCACCUUCUGUGAGCCCUCAUCACCUCAUCUGGAUUGCAGCUGGGGUCUCCUGCCUUCAUUCUCUCCUCUGACUUCCCCCGAUAUUUCAUUCUCCACACCAGCCUCCAGGGGGCUCUUUCUGCAAGCCAGACCUGAUUGUGUCACUCCGUAGUAGAAAGCUCUCCAAUGCACCCCCUUCUUUGGCAAAGCUUCCUGAAUGGGUUACAAGUAUGCCAAGACAUAAGGCUUGGCCCCAAACAACCUCUCCAGGUACCCUUAUAUGUGUAUGUGAAAACUGUCAUUUUUCUAUGUGUGCAGUGAUGUGAAAAUGGUUUCAAAGAACUGCCCUUAGGGAUAGAUGUCAAACUCCUUCACCUGCCAUUCAUGAUCAUUUGUGACCUGACCCCCCCCCCCCCCCGUUCAUCUCCUCCUGUGGUAGCCCCACCUUCCACACACCAGCCCUGUGGAACUACUUGUGGUUCCUGAAGAAGCCAUAUUUUCCCCCACCUACGUGCCUCUGUACCUGUGCCUGCAAACCUUCUCUCCUUUCCUCCCAGAUGUUUCACAUAUCCCUCUCAAACAAAGCCCUCCCUACUUCCUUGAGCUGACUUCAACUUGCCUUCUUUGUUUCCAGAGCACCUCCUUAACUUCUCUUUAACUUCCUACCAUGUUGUAUUUACUGCUUCCAGAGCUUACAGUCUGUGUUUCCCAAAGAGACUGUGAGCUUCCAAGAGCAAGGACCAUGUCUUAUCCUUAGUAUCUGCAGCACAGGAUGCAGUAAGCUCUGACCAGUGUAUGUUGAAUGAUUAUACCAUGACUGGUGCCUUCCUGGAGGCAGUUGCCAUGCUCCACCCUGCGACCUGAGAAAGGUUGCUGUCUCCCUGACACCCUGCAGGGCAAGAAGAAUCUUAUUUUCCUAGAGCCCCAGCACUCAGACAAGCCUGGCAUACAGUGGCCUCAAUAAAAUGUUACCAUAUUGAGUCUGCCCUUUCUAUCGCCCCAGAAUUCCCUGGACUCAGUGGUUGCCAGCAUGCUGUCAGUGCUCUCUGGCCUUCUCUCACAGUUCUGUAUCCCUGCCCCUCUUUCAGGGUCCAUGUCUGUAACUGGAUGUCACUGCUUCUGCUCUUAACUUUUAGGGUGUCAGUCUUCCUCUCUCUGAUGACCCUAUCACAUUCACAUGUUAGCCAUUUGACCUGCCAUACUGUUUUGUACUGUACCAUCUCUCCCAGUGUUUCUCCCUGUGUCUUGAACUCAUUCCCUCUGUGUCACAAGUAAGCAGAGUCACACAGACCAACCAAGGAGUGAGGUUCAGAACAGGAAGGUUGAGACCCAGGGAAACAGAUCUUGUAUCAGUAUCUCUGAGAAAGUCUGGGAAAGUCCCAGAUACACCUGCACACUGCUCAGAGAUGAGAGAUACACAUUACUAGUGAAAUGAUCACACAGGCCUCCAAUAAGCCUUCAGGCAAUGGAAAUAUAUGGGCCUAAAGUCAGGCUGCCAAGCCCUACUCCUCCCCAGGGCUGCUUUUGGGACCUCAGAUUAGUGACUUCCCUGAACCUCAGUGAACUGCUCAUCUGUAAAGCAGGAAUAAGACGACCUGCCUUGUGCAGGACCCAACCCAGGGCCUGGCGACCAGCUUGCAGUGUCCAUCUCCACCUCUUUCUGCCCCCAUUUUCCUUGUCUUUGGCACAGAAGAGCUGAAACUCCACUCCCUGGUGCUCUGAGCAUCUCCACCACCCACUUCGUCAUGACAUAUGUGUUUUCCCGUGUUUGUCUAAAGGGGGAGGAAAUCAGGAAAAAGGAAUCUUCCUUAAGGAUCCACAUGUGUUGUUCACUCUGCCAAAUAACUUAUGUACAUCAUCUCACAACACUCAGGGCAGGAUGACCAUCCCUGUUUUACAGAGGAAGGGACGUGGCCAAGUUUUUACUGCCAGAGACUGGAAGCACUAAGAUUUGAAAGCCUAUCCAAAUAUGUCAGCAAUUUUAAGAAGCACCACUAUGUUCAACAAACCAAGUAAGUCAAAUACUAACAUUGGAUUUCCUUCAAAUCCAGACAUAUGUUCUUUAGAAGAAACACAUUUAAAAUGGGCAAGUUGAGGGUAAAGGAAUAGAAAAGGAUAUACAAGGCAGAUGUGAAUCUGAAGAAAGACAACAGAGCUAUAUUAAUUUCAACAAAAUAGAUGUUGACACGAAAGCAUCAUUAGGGUCAUAGGAUUGCUAUGUUGUUUUGGCAUUUUGUUGGUCUGUUUGUUUUUUGUGGCAUUUUUUUGUAAUAAAUAGAACAUGCAUUAGGAAGAUGUGAGUUUGGAGCCAGACAGCUCAUGACAUCUGUAUUAGGGAACAGAAUCACAAUAACUGAUAAGACCAUACAUGUAGUUGAAAAUGCUGCCACAUUCUUUGUGAUAAUAGCAGAGACAAUAUUUGAAGAAGUAAUUACUGGAAACUUUUCAAAUUUGGAAAAGGUGUCAGUUUACAGGUUCAGAAAGCUCAGUGAAAAACAGUGUAAUCUCAAAGAAAUCCAUGCCCAGACACAUCAUAAUUGAACUCCUGAAAACAAAUUUUAAAAAUUUGAAAAC